UAUAUAGGAACGUUGAAAGGAAUCGACCUUUCGUUCUUGGUAAGUUUUCCCCAUUCUUAUAGGCCUUAAAAAUAUCAUCAUUCAUCCACUUACUGGGAUGGCAGAAUGCAAUGGCUUCUCUUUCUUCACUGCUGCACAGAAACUGAAGUAGGUAGCUCCCACAAAUAUAAUGGAGACUAGCUCCCACAAAUGUAAUGGAGGCUAGCGUGUAAAUUCCCCACACUGAUAGAAGAACAGACCUUCAUGGUCCACAUUGAGUUUUGGUGAAAAGAUGUUUUUUGAGACUAUCAGUAGUAGACUGGUGGAAGAUUUGCCAGAAUAAUGGGUAUGCUUUCCUCUAAGUGUAAUGAUACUAUAACUGGUGUACUCUAAUCUCCAUGACUUUGGUGUUCUUUCUUUCCAUUUAGUGUGCAUUUUGGGCUAAUUAACAACUUCCUUGCUGGCAUUUUUCAAAUAUUAAGGGUCAAAUUUUGAAAUGAUUUAUUGUAUAAGGAGGUAUAAGUUACAUGGUGGUAAAUGGAUACGAGUCUCAGGGAGUCUUAAAAUGGUGGAGUAUGUACUGAGGGGGGUGGAGAGAGAGGUAGAAGAGUAUAUAAAUUAUACAAGUUUAGAUUCGUCUCAGAUUUUGUCUCCAAGAGUCCAUAUUUACCAUCAAGGAAAAAUAUUUUUAAAACUUUAAUUGUGAUGGAACACAGCUCCAGCAUGAUAUUUUGUAAACAUGUCACUCCCUUCCCAAGGCCAGCUUCAUUUUCUCUGGGUGGUUUCAUUAUGUUCGCAGCUGUGGUUCAGAGCCCUUCUUGAUUGCCGCAUGAGUGAUUUAACAGCUAGUUGCAGCCAAUUUUGUUUUGUUUACCUCUCCAGCUGUAGUUUAGCCGGCCUUAUCUGUAAAAGACAAAUCACUCUGAUCUUUGCCAUAUGAAGUUAACGAAAAAAACCAAAUGGUAUGUUAAGGGUUAGAACAAGAAGUAAUCUGAAAAUGACCUCUUCCUUCAAGGUUUAGCGCAGAGGCUUCCAAACUGCUCUGAGGAGCACUUGCUGUUUGAGGAAAGUGGCUGGGUGUGCUGUGCUAAAUCUCCAUGUUUGCAGCAGAUGAAAAUGGAAUAUGUAGGAAGGGCAGAUACAAUGAAGAGCAAGAGUAGGAGGCAUGAUUACCUCCUCCCCCAUUCCCCCAUUAAUACUUCUUAACAUUCUUUUGGAUCUGGAAUGGCCAGUCAACAAGCAGAAGUUCAGAGUUUGAAACUAGAUAAUGAUUCGGUUAUAGAAGGAAUAAGUGACCAGGUACUGGUCGCUGUAGUGCUCAGUUUCACUUUCAUUGCUGCUCUGGUGUAUAUGCUUUUAAGAAAUGAGCACCAGAACAUUCAUCCAGACAACCAAGAACUAGUGAGGGCACUUCGGCAGCAGCUUCAAACAGAACAGGAUGCAUCUGCUGGUGAUGGAUAUCGUUUCUAUACUGACAUGUCCUGUCCAGUCUGUUUACAGCAGGCUACAUUUCCCAUUGAAACAAACUGCGGACAUCUUUUCUGUGGUGCGUGCAUUAUUGCGUACUGGAGGUAUGGCUCGUGGCUGGGUGCCAUCCGUUGCCCAAUCUGCAGACAAACGGUAACAUUGCUUUUGCCACGCUUUGGUGAAGAUCAGCAGGAUGCAGCACAAGUGCUUCAGGAUGUCAGUGAUUACAACCGGAGAUUCUCAGGACAGCCCAGAUCUAUUAUGGAAAGAAUUAUGGAUUUACCCACUUUACUGCGGCAUGCUUUCAGGGAGAUGUUUACUGUGGGGGGCCUUUUCUGGAUGUUCCGUAUCAGAAUAGUCCUCUGCCUGCUAGGAGCUCUGCUCUAUCUAGUUUCACCUCUGGAUUUUCUUCCUGAAGCCCUCUUUGGAAUUCUGGGAUUUUUAGAUGAUUUCUUUGUCAUCUUUCUGCUGCUGAUAUACAUCUCUAUCAUGUACCGAGAAGUGAUAACGCAGAGACUGAAUAGAUAAUGAGUGGAAACAAUCAUGAUACAGAAGUUUGUGUGGAAUGCUGAACAAAGGGAACCAUGACAGUAUGACAUAGUAAAGCACCUGUAUAAACUUUUAGUUUUUGCAAUUAAAUAGCUUGUAGUAAAUUACUUUGUGCAAAUGUGAGGGGUUAAAAUGUGGUGAUGCUUAACUGGAAUCUUUAAUUUGUGUGUUACAUAUGCUUAAAUAUUGAAGAGGUUAGAUUUAUGAUGUAAUACAUUACCUACAUCAGCUUACUCCCAAUGAGCAAUUGUAUGUAAUGCAAGAUAAUGCUAGUUAUAAAACACCUCUUCAUGUGUAGUUUGUGAAAGGGAAGUUCUAUUUAUGUGAUGUCAGGACUUCAAACAAAAAAGAAUUCAGAUUAGCUUGCCGCAUUAAGACACUUCAAUAUAUAGCUUAUCAAAUUGCUUAAUGUCUCACUGUGGUGGGUUAAAGUAUUUUUAAAUAACAAUAGUUUUUCAUAUCUGUCUAUGCAAGAAGAAAGCCAAAGACAGCAUUACAGUUGACGCAGUGAAUUUUACUGCUGUACACAAUUCAUAUUGCACAAAGAGAAGAAAAAACACUUCAGUGUUGCUUUAACUGCACGAUGUAUAAUAUGCAUUUCCAACAAUUUUUCCUUUCAGUUUUGGUGGGGAAAAAGGCUUUCCAUGAGGGUCAAGAUGAAGAAACCAGGAAUAGUCAACACUUUGGUGACUGGCACUGAUUAAUCUUUUUUCACAUAGGUUUUGUGUACGUUAGCAGUACAGUAUUUGAACAUCGGGUAAGUUGCACUGUUGUAAGCCCUACUUUAUAUCCCCCUGCAACACAUUUAAACUGGGGGUUUGCAUCCAUGCAGCUACAUCAAAGCAAUUUACCACUGCAAAAAAACCUGUAGGUUUUUAGUAGCAAUUUGUUUAAAAGUGGGAAUCCAAAGUGUAUGUCAUAACAGGAUAGUUUUUACACUUAAAAUUUUACCUGAAUAUGGAUGGUAAUUAAUAAAGUAAUUAAAGUAUUUAGGUGAAACCAGUAACUUUAUUCUUUCUCACAAGUUUGUACCAAUAAGUUAAAAAAACAAAACAGUAACUUGGGGCCAUAGAAAUCUGAUGAAAAAUUAAAAAUCUGUAAAAUUUUUUUUUUUACCCCAAAUGUUUGGAAUUUGUGGGUAGUUUUAACACCAGAUACCACAAGCUACAAGGAGAAUGAUUUGAAAAUAUUUUCAUUUUAUGAAAUCAGUGCUGCUAGGAAACUCAAAAUCCACAAGCCAUUCUGUGGGAAUUCAGUACUUCCUAGCUGGAGGAAAGAAAUAUUUUUGAAGCAAAAUAGCAAACAUUCUAACUUUCUGAAUACUUGAAAAUAAAAUUAAUAGAAUAAGCAAUCCUUCGUAUGGUUACAUAAUGUGGGUUGGGACAUAUUUUGAAACGGCCUCCAUUUUCUGAUCAUGCAAAUAUAUGUGCAUACAAGUUUGAGUGCUUAUACAUGUGUAGGAAGAUGAUGGUAUUUUUUCAUUGAAUGCUUUUGGUUAAUGGGUAUUGCAGAGUCUGUCAGUUUUGUGUUGUAUCAGUGCUUAAAGUGCACAUCACUGGUUUUGCCUUUUAUAAAUAUAAGGCGGAGUGGUUGUUGGGUUUUUUUUGUUUUGUUUUUGUUUUUGAAAAUUUGCCCUUGAAUAUCCAAAGUCAUGUUAUGAUUUAAGUGGAUUGUUGAACCUUUCUUCACACGUAUCUUCUAUUUGAGAUGGGCGAAAAGAGAAAACGGAGGAGAUAAAAAAAAAAUUAAA